CCCUUUGAAGUUGAGAGUGCUUUGAUGGAGCAUCCAGCCGUGAUGGAAGUUGCAGUUACUAGCAGUCCUGAUGAACAGAAGGGAGAGGUCGUAAAAGCAUUUGUAGUGCUACAUGAAGAUUAUCUCAUGAGAUCAGAGCUGGAACUCAUUAAAGAACUCCAAGAGCACGCUAAGCGAACUACAGCCCCUUAUAAAUAUCCCAGGAAGAUUGAAUUCAUGAAGGAACUACCUAAAACAACGAGUGGGAAAAUAAAAAGAAAUGUAUUGAAGAAAAAAGAAUGGAGAGUGUAAUCUACUUUGUCUAAUAAAACUUUUUGAUACUGU